UCUCCGUGGCUAGUGAAUGUUUGGAGUGAAGCAGAUCCGGACUGUAAAACAAUACAGAAACUCGAUUUUACACUUUAUGAAGGAUAGUGCUCCUCUAUAAGAAAUAUAACCUGGUUUACACACAGCUAUACGUUGUGCUGUGAGACCUGUCGAGAAGGACACGGAACACCGACUGGAGAAACCUGCUAGCUUGAAGGUGAAUCAAAAUGGCCAACGCAAUACCAGAGAAGAUAAGGAUGAAUACUACACUAUUAGAAAACUUGGCGGAAGUGGCAAAAGAUGCAGCCCUGCUGAAAGGUGUUCUAAUGAGGAUCCAAGAGACCCCCAACUCAUCAGAGUUGGUGACGUACGCUCCAUUCACACUUUUCCCCACACCUGUACCUGAGGCGGUGUUCUCCCAGGCGCUGGCUGUGCAGACUCACUUCAACACACUGGUGGACAAAAUCAGCCAGGAUGCUGAAUUCCUGCAGGACGCUCUAGCAAGCACCAUUGAGGUGGAUGAUUUCACUGCGAGGUUGUUCAAGAUCCACCAACAAAUAGUAAAAGAAGGAACGUCUCAGUCUGUGGUGUGUGGUCUCAAUCGCUCCGACUACAUGCUGGACCAGGCGGAGGACGGCUCCUCGUCUCUGAAGCAGAUCGAGAUCAACACCAUCGCCGCCAGCUUUGGAGGGCUCUCAUCCCGCACGCCAGAUGUUCACCGACACAUCCUUCAGGUGGCCGGGCAGCUGGAGCAGAGUGAGCGGAUCCUGGACAACAACCCUGCAGCAGGCCUGGCCCGGGCCGUGGCUAAAGCCUGGGAGCUCUAUGGAUCAGAGAAAGCCGUCGUCAUGUUCUUGGUGGAAGAGGUCCAGAGGAACAUCUUUGAUCACCGAUAUGUUGAGAAAGAGCUGUGGAACAGAAACAUUCCCACAAUGAGAAGGCGGUUCGAUGAUGUUUCUAAAACAGGAUCCAUCGAUCAGGACAAGAGGCUAUUUGUUGAUGGCCAGGAGGUUGCUGUGGUGUACUUCAGGAAUGGAUACAUGCCUCAGAACUACAAUUCUGAAAAGGAUUGGGAUGCUCGUCUGAUGAUGGAGCGCUCUCUGGCUGUGAAGUGUCCCGACAUCAGCACUCACCUGGUCGGAACCAAGAAGGUCCAGCAGGUGCUCGCCAAACCUGGAGUUCUGGAGAAGUUCUUCCCCCACCAGCCCCAGGUAGUGGAGCAGAUCAGAGCCACGUUCGCUGGGCUCUACACUCUGGACAUGGGACCCGAAGGUGACACAACGGUUGCCAUGGCGCUGGCAGCACCAGACCGGUUUGUCCUGAAGCCUCAGAGAGAGGGAGGAGGUAACAACUUCUAUGGGUCAGAGAUGUGCACGGUCCUGCAGGAAGUGAAGGACAGCACCGAGAGGACGGCUUACAUCCUGAUGGAUAAGAUUCACCCCGCCCCCGUCCAGAACGUCCUGCUGAGACGAGACGCUCCUCUCCAGAUCAGCACCUGUCUCAGUGAGCUGGGAGUGUUCGGAACAUACGUCAGAAAAGGUGAAGACAUGGUGCUGAACGAGUGUGUGGGCCACCUGCUGAGGACCAAGAGUUCAGAGCACUCUGACGGGGGCGUGGCAGCGGGGGUGGCGGUGCUGGACAACCCCCUCCUCUUCUGAGAGUCUACACCCCUCCCUGCUGCUUCAGACAAAAAGAAAUGCUCAAAUGGACAAAGAUCAAGUCAAGGACGCACAUUUGAUUCACACUUUCACAUGAACUAGCCUUUCCUCUCGGUGUGGGUGAAGAAUGAACGUGCUGCUGUAAGAGGGGGUCCGUGAGAUUUGGCUGGAGUAAAAAUGUGAGCGGUUCCAGAAGAAGUUUAUAAGGACCACGUUUUUAUCCGUUUUUGAUAUCAUGAUUUCUUUUAACGUAAAGUGCUGCUAUCAAAAACACACUAGAUUAAGCGACCUCGAGUCAGAGAAAAGCGCUAUAUAAAUACAAUUUAUUAUAUUAUUACGAAAGGUUUCUCUAAUGUCCUUGGGUCAAACAACGGCUUUAAUAGUAUAUCAUAUUAUUGUCCUCUUUCAUGGAGUUGAAUCUUCAAACCCACAUCAGUACUGUCAUUUUCAGUUUUUUCCAGAAUUUGAACCCAUUAAAUGCACACUUGUAUACAUACUGCCACUGUUGUUUUAAAACAUUUUUUAAAAGACACACACUUAAUUAUUGUUAAUACUACAUUUUUAAUCAGUCUGGAAGCCCUAUAUUUAUAAAGUAUGCACAAUU